GUGGUGGGCGGAGCGGUGCACGGUGGAGGCUGGGCCCGGCUCUCAGCUGCAAUGCCACGGCGUGACAGGGGCCGGGAGCUCGACUCCACAGAAAGAAGCCGCAUUGAGGAAAUGUGCUGCUCUGUUACACCGCGGCUGUGAGCGGGGGCAAAGGCUGCGGACAACAACAACACAGCCACAACCCGGACAAGGAUGUAGAGAGGGGGGCGAGCACACACACACAUACACACACAAGGCGAGGUUUACGUCUCAUCACCUUUCCUCCUCUGGCCAUCGGGACAGUGGAGAGCAGAAGAACAGAAAAUGUUAAGUGCGGUGCUGGACUCGGUGAUCGCGGUGCUCCUGGUCUGUAAAGCGACGACAUCGCAGUAUUCCAGCAACCAGUGCAGCUGGAAGGGAAGUGGUUUAACGCACAGCACUCACUCCAGAGAUGUGGAACAGGUGUACCUGCGAUGUUCAGAAGGCUCUUUGGAAUGGUUGUAUCCUACUGGAGCUCUGAGAGUUAACUUAAGAACCAAUAUAGCAUUGCCACACAAAGACUUGACUGUCUGCAUCAAGCCUUACAAAGACUCCAAGGGAUCUAAUAUUUAUUUAGAAAAGGCUGGUGAUCUGAAGCUUCUUGUGGCUGAAGAGGACUACAUCCCAAACAAAGUGUACUGUUUUGGCAUGGAUCAGGGGGCACUCUUUAUCCAGGCCACCCCACAGAUGGACAUCAGUAGAAAAAUCACUGUUUUUCAGUAUGAAUUAUUUAAAGACCGGACUGUUGCAGAUUUACGCAAUGCACCGGCUUCAUGUCGUCCCUGUAAUGACAUGGAAGUGCUCCUUGCCGCCUGCACCAGUGACUUGGUGGUCAGAGGAAGCAUUCGCUCCGUGUCACAUGAUCAGCGGCAAAAAGAAUCGAGGAUAGAUAUAUUUGCAGACAAGAUUUACAGACAAAAGAAGAAAACAUUCCAGACAAUUGGGAAAAGUGGGAAGUGGCUGGGGCACAUAAAGACACCCCUGCAAUGUGGAGUCAAGGAAGGAGAAGGGGACUUCCUGUUCACAGGCAGCAUGCACUUUGGUGAAAUCCAGCUGGGCUGCGCGCCCCGAUAUAAGGACUUCAGGAGGAUCUACAAAGAAGCUAGAGACAAAGGGGAAAACCCAUGUGAACUCUCCACAGAUUGAAGCCACCCUUCAAGCCAUCAACGGAUGUCAGUUAUCCAGAUCAAAGGGACACUAUGGUAUAGUGAGCUGCAUUUGACACGUGGUACUGAUGAAACCAAGCAUUCUGCCACUUUAAUCCUGAUCCGUGUUGCCAAGCAACGUUACAGAUUUCAACUAAACUAAAACGAACAAGACUUUUUUUUCCUCAAAAAGACCAUUGUUAUUCAAGACUGCCAGCAAAAUAUCAAUACUAAUGAAUUUCAAAGUCUUAAAGAACAUGAAUGUAGCAUAAACCUGUAUAUGAUGUACAAAUGUUCAAAAUGAUGCCUGGAAGUUGUUGUUUUGUAAUGAAGCUCGUGUACAGUACAAGGUAUUUCCUAAGUCAAAAGAUUACAAAGACAAUAUGUUUCUGGGAGAUGUAGUGUUUUGAGAUAUUUUGAGCCCUGUUAAUUGGUAAUAAAAUCAUUCCAGGGAAUUAAUGAUCCCUGGAUCAAUACAGA